GUUUUUUACGUAUUUACUAUGUCGUUUCAAUUAUUUAUAAACACCGUUAAAAAGAAAUAUUCGACCUACUAAGUGUUAAUUAACCUAACACCUUCAUUGAAGUGAAUUUAUUUUUCAGUUUAUCUAUAUAAGUAUCACACUAUUCAUAUUUAAUAGUUUUACAUCGCUGUGCUAUAUUUUUGUCUCAAAGAAAACGAAGCUUUCUUUUUUCUUGCAUUGGUAAUCAUUUUCACUUAUUAAAUGUUCAUGGAAAACAAAACUAACGCGUUUGUAUGUAAUUCAAGAGCAUUUUUGGCUCGUACGUUAACAUUAAAAAAGAUGACUUCAAGGAAAAGCUGUAAAGCAAUACUCCUUGGAGACUCAAAUUGUGGUAAAACAAGCUUGUGGAAAAAACAUACAGAAACAGGCACUAACUAUGACCACAUUCCUACUGUAUUUGAGUUUUUGGAAACAAUAAUAUUUCUUGAUAAAAACUUGGAGGUAAAACUUACAAUAUGGGAUACACCAGGUUCUUCAGAAUUUGAUCACGUUCGCUUGUUAUCUUUUGAUGGCGUUGAUGUUUUUGUACUAUGUUUUGAUUUAAAUCUACCAGAAUCACUAGAAAAUGUCCAAACAAAGUGGGCAAAAGAAGCCAAAACAUUUUCUCCUAGUACACCCAUCGUUCUUUGCGGUUGUAAAUGUGACUUGCAUGAUGUCAACAAAUGUGAUAAAGAAAUGAUUGAUAAAGUAAUACAGCAAAUUGACUCAUCUGUGUAUAUCGAGUGCUCAAGUCAAAACAAUAAAAACGUCGAAGAGAUUUUCAAGACAAUUUCCUUACUCGCAAUUGGCGAAACCAAUAAAAUAAAAAGUGAGUUUAAAUGCAAAACUAAAAAAAAAAACGUAAACAGAUGUUGCGUUACCUAACCUUACGUUAUUCAGUGUACCUACGUAUCAAAUUUACAUGAAUUUUCCAAAAGUGAAAACUUUUUAUUUUUGUGCUUUAUUUUUUAUAUCUUUUACAUUUUAUAUACUAAGUAUUGUGAAAUAGAUAAAAUAUGUCAUAACGCAUAAUAGAAUACAUAUAUUUUUUCGUAAUUUAUACUGCAAUCUGUUUAUAAAAGAUUUAUAGCUUUAGCCAGA